AUGUGCGUGCCGUCCAGCUGCUCUGGCGAGGACGUGGUGCGCGGGCUACAGCUACUGCUCGGCGGCAAGGUGUCCGUGUCCGCGCUCGAGUCGACGACGCCGGAGGACUCUGUGGAGUUCACGCCGCCGGACAGGGCCGUCAUCACCAUCAUGGCCCUGUUCGGCGGCCUGAUGGUGGCGGGCACCGCCCUGGACCUGCACUGCAGGGGCCUCACCCGGCGACUGAUGACGGUGCUGCAGCUGAAGCCGUGCACCUGUGUUCUCGGCACCGAUCCCCCGGCCGGCCGGCGGGGAGACGCGUCAGAUACGUCCCAGCCUCCGAGACGGCCAGCGCCUGGGCGUCCUCAGCAGGCUCUGCUCGCCUUCUCCGUGUACACCAACACUCAGAAGCUGUUGGACACGACUCCGCGGAAGGGAACGCUCGCCUGUCUGCAUGGCAUCCGAUUCUUCUCCAUGACCUGGGUUGUUCUAGGUCACUCGGCGUCCGGUGCAUUCUCUACAGACUACAGUCCUAUGGUCGCGCUCGAUUGGGCAAAUAACCCUUUGUUUGAGGCAGUGCUGAAUGGCACGCUGAGCGUAGACACAUUCUUUGUGUUGUUCGGGGUGCUGCUGGCGUAUGUUUUCUGUAACGUUUACCAGAAGACCGGACAAUUCAACCUGCCCAUGUUUUACAUCCAUCGCUACCUGCGACUAACAGCGCCACUGGCGUUUAUAAUAGCCUUCAGUGCCACAUGGUUCAGUUACAUUGGUGACGGCCCGCUUUGGAGCCUUGCGAAAGGCUCGCAGUCCAGAUGCCAGGAGAACUGGUGGAAAGACCUCCUCUACGUCCAAAACAUCGUCGACUUCAAGCGGACGUGUCUGGGACCGACCUGGUAUCUCGCCGUCGACAUGCAGCUGUUCGUGUUCUCGCCGCUGGUGCUCCUGCCUCUGGUGUGGCGGCCCGUGCUCGGUGUGGUCUGGCUGUGCGCCGUCACCGUCGGGUUCCUGGUGUUCCGCGUGGCGAUCUGGGCCGUCGAUGACCUCCCGCCAGUGCAGUUCGAGCUCAGGCCGGAGCACAGCGACCUAUUCGAUCGCAACUACAAGUACCCGUGGACGCGCUGCACGGUGUGGCUGGUGGGCAUCGGACUCGGCUUCCUCCUGCACAAGCUGCGCGACAGACGCGUCACGCUGAAGCCGUGGCAGUAUCUGCCCGGCUGGAUCGCCGCCUUCGCCGUAGGCAUCUCCGUCGUUUACGGCAUGCACAGCUACCAGAUGCCCUGGGACCCGACGCCGAGCAAGGCUGUGGCCGUGGCGUACGGCGGCCUGCACCGACUGGCCUGGGGCCUCGCCGUCUCCUGGGUCAUCUUCGCCUGCGUCACCGGCUACGGCGGCGUCAUCGACACGUUCCUUUCAUACCCGGGCUUCGUGCCGCUCAGUCGGCUCACCUACGCUGGCUAUCUGGCGUUGCGCCGAGCUGACUACCCCCACCAGCCGCACCGCUGCAAAAUAACCGUUGUAGUCGAAGCGCCCUUAAAUCCAAAUAUCAACACCAUCGGUCUCAAUGCUUACCAGCCGCGCAAGCUUGAUACCGGGAACUCGGCGGCGCGCUAG